AUGCCAUCAGGUGAUGACCCCAUCCACGGUGCAUCGGGGUGGAUAAGGAAGCCACAGGGAUUAGUGGUUAACCUCCCUUGUAGUACAGUACUCUUCUACAGCUGCAGGUUCCAUGUGAAGGCCCCUCCUCAUGUCUGCAGUCUGAUGGCUAUAGGGACAUCAUGUGGUGCUGCUGAUAUUCAGUGUAGACAAAAGAGGAGGCAGAGGGUCUCAGCCUGUAACUAUGAAGUGGCAGCUGUGGGGGAGGAGGAGCAUCUGUGUGUGGACAGGUUUUCGGCACUCUCUUUGCUGGUUCUCACUCCAUUUCCUGAAUUUAGUGUCAUAUCUAUGUUGGAUGACAUUACAGUUGGAUACUGUGAUUCAGAGACAAACAGCUGUGUUCCAAGAGGAAAUACGACAAAUGAAGAUGAGGAGGUUGAUCUCAUAAGUUAUGACAUAAAGGAUUAUUUGCAACCCUUUUCAAAAACAUUAGUAGUAAGGUAUAAGAACAAAACAGAAGGACCUGUAGUUCAUCAGAUGUUGAUUCUGUGUGACAUCUCAGACAAUGACAAACCUGGACAAUUGAUCACUAAAGUUGCUUUUCAAGGCUCCACUACAGAUGAAAUGCGUUUUUUUGAUGAUACAAUAACAUAUCAAGGUAUAAAAAAAAUGACAACACUACAUCUAGAGAUAAAUGUAUAAAUGUAUAAAUGGCACUAUGCGACUACACACUACCCACGCUGCACAGUCCGUCUCAGAAAGUACCUAAAAAAGAGAGGAACUCAAGGGAUGAGGAGAGUGAAACCACAAGUCAGACUCAUCCAAAAAGCAAACUCAGAUUCUGGAGGAUUUCGUGUGAGUUGUUUGGCAACAGGAUUUUACCCACGUCACAUCAACCUGACCCUGUUCAGAGACGGACAGCCUGUAGCUGAUCAUGAGAUCACUGGAGGAGAUCUGCUGCCCAAUGGUGACGGGACGUACCAAAUGAGGAAGAGUCUGGAGAUCAGUGCUGCAGACAAACGCAAAUACACCUGCUCUGCCACACACCUCAGUCUGGACAACAAACUGGAUGUCACUUUGGAGUUUGAUCAUGGGGAACCAUUUAAAUCAGUGAUUCCCUCAGUUCUGACGGUUUUGGCUCUGAUGUUGGUGUUUGGAGUGGCAGCUGCUAUAAUUGUAUGGAAAAGACGACGUGCAGCAUCUGAAGAAAGCAUGCACAAACAAUCAGAAAUGAUGUGA